AUGUCUGACACGCAAUUNAAAAGAAAGCGCUCCCAGCGUGACAAGGCUCCUGCCACCACUUUGCCAAAACGCCAGAAGAGCGACCACCUGGACCAGGACACGGCCACCACCACGCCCAAGCCCGUCAAGACGCAAACACCAAAGUCUACACCAAAGACGCAGAUCAUUGAUCAACUCACCACUCCCUCCACCAACCUCCCACAAACUGCUGCCUCGGCCGACAAGAAUGCGCUACAAGUAGUCACCACUCCAGGUCAAGGAAAGAAGGCGAGGCGAGGUAGAAGAAAGGGAACCGAUCGCGUCGCCAUCGAUCAGGCUCAGGUCGUCGAUAAGCCACAAACAAGACUUGACGGCAGGUCGCCAUGGUCGCUGUCUAAGCCAUUGGGUGGCAGAUUUAUUCUGCACGAUCCAGUCUUUGCCCAGGACGAGAGGUAUGCUCAAUCUUGCCUACACUCCCAAAACACCGUCUAA